UGUUUUUUUAAUUUUUUUAAAGAAACAGGCAACCAUAAAAGCCAAACUGACCGUUACCUAAAGCGGCACCUGUUCCUUUUUUAGUUUCCCCUGCUCUUAUUCUGAAAUAUAUCCGCAGUACUUCCGGUGCGCGCGCGGCUCAUGGCGUGGGGCUUGACGCGCCUCCCCUCUCCUCUCCGUGUUGCCUUCGCGUUGGGGUGAAGCCGCAUUACCAGCGUCUCCCAAAUGCGGGCGUGAAGCGCUUCAUGUAGGGGAACCCAGGGGCGGAGCGAGGCUUACCGGCUUCACACCGAGCCCGGGCCGCCGGGGCACCGGAGGAAUACCAUGUCGAACCGAAAGCACCGGGACAACCAGGAGAUCUGCGCCCGCAAGGUCCGCGAGCUGGCCCAGUCCGGAGUAAACAAACACUGCUUCGAGUGCAGCCAGCCCGGCGUGACUUACACCGACAUCACGGCGGGCAGCUUCGUCUGCACGUCGUGCUCCGGAAUGCUGAGAGGCCUCAACCCUCCCCACAGAGUCAAGUCCAUCUCCAUGACAACCUUCUCCCAACAGGAAGUGGAAUUCCUCCAAAACCAUGGCAACGAGGUCGGCAGGAGGACCUGGCUGUGCGUGUUUGACCCGAAGACGGACGGCUGCUCCGACAUGAAGGACUCUCAGAAGUUCAAAGAGUUCCUGCAGGACAAAUACGAGAAGAAGAAGUGGCACUUCUCCAAAAGUAAGAACCGGAGGGACGUCGAGGGUCCUUGGAGCCCGGGGGUCCAGGCGGUGCCCCCGUCCCACGGGCCCUUAGCCAGCCAGGCGCCCCCCCACAACCUGCCCCCCAACGGCAGGGCCGCCAGGCCGCUGUCUCAGUCCCAGCUGCCGUCAUGGGAUCGAGCGCCCGCCAUCUCGCCCGCCGACAUGCGCGCGGACGUGUUCACCGCCCGGUCGCUGCGCUCCCAGAGCUUCAGAGACCCCGCUCUGAAAGAUCCCACCCUGUGCGGCAUCGAGAGGCAGCGGCCCGGCUCGCUGUCGUCGGCGCUGGGGGCCCAGAGCCACGUCCCCUCCUUCCCCGCCCUCCCGCGGCCCUCAGCCAGUAGCUCUUUCAAAAAACACUUCACUCUGGGUCGCACGGCGUCGGCCUCGGGGGCCACAGGGCCGUUCAGGGCCUUCCCCAAGUCGCUCAGCGUGGACUUCGGGGGCCUGAGCCACCCCCACCAGCAGCCUCUGCCCCACUCUCUGUCCCAGCAGCAGGCGGGAAGCGUCGGCCUGACGAACCCGCGGGGCGGCGGCGGCGGCUCCAACCACCAGGACCGAUACGCCGCCGUGUCGCAUCUGGACAGCUGCUUCUCGGAGCCGCCGGCGGUCGCGGCGCCCCCUGGUGGUCCGCCGCAGUACAACGCCCUGUUCGGCAGCAGGCCCUCGUCCAGCGCCACGCCUGCCAGUUCCCCCGGUGUGGACGCCGCGUCCGGCUCCCAAACCACUGCAAAUUUCCCCAACCCAUUCAGCUCCAGCGCCGCCUCCCAGCAGCCCGCCGCCCUCUCCCAGAGUAACCCCUUCAGCAACGCCUCAGCAGAUGAGUCCAGUGCGUUUGUCGCCUCGCCCGCCUCCGCGUUCCCUUCGUCUGCCUCCUUCCCAGCACCCAGCACCCACAAUGCAUUUCAUCAUGAGUCAGCCAGCAACCAGGGAGCCAAUGGAUUCGCCUCCUUCCCUGCGCCCAACUCUGAGCCCAAAGUCCCCCGGCCGAUGUCGGUGAACCCGUUCACGGGCAAUGUGUACCCCGGUCGAGGGACGUCGCGAAACCCUUUCAUCUGACCCCCCCCUCCCCCCCCCCCAUCUCUCUUUCACCCACCUCUCCCUCUGGGAACCCUAAGAGAGAGGUGAACUCGGAGGAGUCGCUGCCCUUUCAAUACCUCUUGAGUGUUGUCCCCCUCUGUGGGAGGUUUGCCAUCCUCCACCCCCCCCCCUCCUCCCUCUCUCUGUUUGUGUUUACGUGUUUGUGGAGACGAAACAACAACAAAAAAACGUGUGAAUGUAGUUAUGAGGUUCAUGUGUGUGUGAGAGAGCCUGCCGUGUUUGUGUCACGUGACCUUACGUCAAGUUGUUUGUGUGCCGGUAGACGCCAACCUCAGGGCUCUGUGGGGGUCAAUAGUUCAUUUUUGUACUGUGUUUUUUGUUGUUGCAGAAACGCACACACACACACAUACAUGUCGCUGCUGCUACUUUGCUUUCAUCUCCUGCUUUAAAAGUCCAACAAAACAGCCGGUGAAACAAACAAACAAACAAACAAAUGUCCAAGUCUCUGAGGUGUCCAAAGGUUGAGGCUCUGACUCACGAGUCCACACAGACGGUCAUAAACAGCCUUAACAGUCUCCUGGUUGCAUGUGAAUGAGCGUCGACAGAUAAGAUGGACGUGUGGAACAUGUUUGCAUUCGUCACCGUUUUUAUAAAUGUGUUUUACUAUUUUUUAUUCGUCCUUUUAUCCCACUUCCUAGGCUGCAUGCGCAUAGAGGGCUACAAGGAGAUACUACUGAAUGUAAAAAGCAAUUUCAGAAUAACUUUAAUGUAUGUGUGUAAAAAAAACUUUUAACGAUCUUCAUGGCUUCAUGUUUCGGACCAAAAUGUUCCUCGUUCGUUAUUCUUUUGUUUCUUUUUCGGUUGACAUGGAGGCAAAGUUAAUUUCCCCCCCUUUUUUGCCAAAAAGAACAAAAAGAGAUUCAUGUUUCUUUGUAAUGACAAGUAUUCAUGUUCAUAAAAUCAGUUUGUUGCUUCUUAAGUAA